CUGUCACAAACAUUGAAACUUACAAGCACGGUCCCUCCGGGACGAUACCCGAGAAAUGACUGACCACUCCAGGAAAGACUUUUGUCCGGUCGUAUCCACACUAAGCACGUACCAGAUCUUUCUCAUCGGGGAACAACUCAGAUCUUGCAUGAAUGGCGUAGGACUGGUCAGAGAUCGGAAAUACCGACUCCGGAGCUAUAAAUCCUGUUUCCAGGGUAACGAGACAGUUGAUUGGCUGGUUCGAAGCAAACGAUGUGAAGACCGUCUGUUUGCCGUUCGGAUAAUGAGAGUCUUACAAAAGUGGGCGUUCUUCCAUCACGUUUGCGAUGACCAUAAGUUUAAGGAUGAAAUGCUCUUUUAUCGGUUUCGUCGUGAUGACGACACAAUCAGAUCACAUAAAGACCUCCUCCUCUUCUACAAGGUGCUCGAUAUCUACCACUCGAUAAACUCAUCCAAGAAAGGAAUUUUGCGGAGCUAUCAGUUGAAGGAACAGGUGUAUGCAAGGGCGUUUAUGGGAACAGCCUUCGUCGAUUGGUUGGUGAAGACAGGAAUGGCAGACACGAAAGAGCAAGCCAUAAUCACGGGGAGACAACUGCUAGAGAACGAUAUCAUUAGACAUGUCUCCUUGUCGUCUGCAGUGACGGAUGACCAUCACUUCAGGAAUGACAACAUGCUGCUGUAUCAGUUCAAUCUGGAUCUGGAUCAGCGCCGUCGGAUGUCGGAUGUUCUCAUCCUAGACGACCAGCGCCGGAUGUCAACCGAUUCACAUAACUCAACAGAGCCCCAGGAUACUCCGACCCGAUUCCUGGAAUCACACGAUUUCUCCACCCACGCCAAUACUUGUGAUAAUGAAUGCUACGAAAUGAACAGCACAGAAACGGAGAAACCAGCAAACACUUCUCUCAUGCAGCCCAAUUCAGUAUUAUUGAGGUACGAGACAGCAGAUGAACUUGAAUCUCCUGACACACCCUACAUCAAGUCCUGUGUAAGGAUUUUCAGUGACUCUGUAGGCUAUGGGUUUGUCAUACGGGGAAUUGGCCCGACUUAUGUCCAGACCGUCGAUCCAGAGGGACCUGCAGCAGAUGCUGGGCUUAAGGUUCGUCAGUACGUGUACUCUGUAAAUGGAGUGAAUGUUCUGCGAGAGGAUCACCAUUCUGUGGCCCAGAGGAUCAUUAACAGUGAGAGGGACUACAUUAACAUCUGUGUCAUGUCCCAUAAACGGGACAUGUAGAACAACACGAUCCAAACAAGGAAAGGGGCGGAGCCACAUCUGAAUCUGUGUCAAUAAACGGGACAUGUAGGACGACCCGAUCCAGACACGAAUAGGGGCGGAGCUACAUCAGAAUUUGUGCAUGUUGUAUACAAUGGACAUCAAUGACAACUGACCGGUCCUAGGAUGAGAUUGAACCCUAGGUCAUCUGUGUCCUAAGUACAAACAGAACAUUACAGGCAACUAGACAGUGGUAAUGGCUAACUGUGUAAAUGCAUGAAUAUAACCGUCAACAACCAUACCGGUCCAGUGAAAUAGAUACAAAACAAAGAUAACUUACCACAGUCAUACUGUCCAACUGAAUGGAAAAACAUACUCUCCUACCUAAUGGAUACAAAUUAUGCACCACAAAAACAGUCUCGGUGUUCAGUCCUUGGCAUUCCAAACAUUUUGAUGACAACAAAUGCUGAUAUUGUGACAAGUACAGGGGUAUUUACAGAGAAAUAGAACUGCUUAUUAGAUAAUUUGAGUAAUAAUUUGUGAACAGUACUAAAUUAUGAUGGAUCAUAUCUU